UAAGAGAGCAGAAGGAGGACUGCUUGCAGAUCUCUUUAAACAUGACAGAAGAGAAAAUUAAACGAAUAAAUGAUGCUGUUUCCGUACAUCCAGAUUUUCCUAAGCCAGGAAUAGACUUUAAAAAUAUCUUCCCAGUUUUACGUAAUCCAUCGCUGUUUAAAGACCUAAUAGAUGUGAUGGUGGAGAGUGUUUCUAAAAAUGCUGAAGGUGUCAAAAAGAUAGUCGGACUCGACGCCCGUGGAUUUCUGUUUGGACCAAUGAUUGCUCAGGCCCUUGGUAUAGGAUUUGUUCCAGUACGCAAAGCUGGAAAACUACCAGGGGCAACUCACAGCAUAACAUACAAACUGGAAUAUGGCCAGGAUACCUUUGAAGUUGAACAAGAUUCUGUGAAACAAGGAGAGAAGGUUGUGAUAGUUGAUGACCUUUUAGCAACUGGAGGCACGAUGAAGGCGGCAUACGACUUGGUGAACAAGGCAGGAGGCGAGGUUCUUCAGUGUCUUGUUGUCAUGGAGCUGGUGGAUUUGCGUGGACGCGACAAAGUACCAAAUACAACUGUGACAUCGCUCAUUAAAUACUAAAAGGUCAACUACGUAGAAAUAAAAAAGUCCCAAAAACCAUGCAAUGAAACAGGUGAUUGUGUCCACACUUAGGUACGAUUACCCAACAAAAUGGUUACUUUAGACAGGCAUCGGAAUACUCAGUGUUUUAUAUUACAGCAAUAUUGUGAGGAUAAUAUGGCAUUAUAUCCAAGGCUUUUAGUGAUAUUUUAAUUAUUGGUCUCAUUAUUAUACAUUUUACUUUGAAUAAGAAAAAGUUUUUUUUCAGAUGACAGCUAGAAUUUCAAGGUCAUUUAUACAGAAUUUAUUUGAAAUUAUAUUCCUUUUGAUUGGCAAAAACAUGGAGUUUUUGUAAUUGAAUACUUGUAGUCAGUGUUUUUGCUUUUUCUUUGCAAAUUUUGGAAAUUGUCACAUGGCAGAAAUGAAUGUUAUAUGCAGAAAAAUUGUAAAAUGGAGGAAACAGGGCUGGGUUUUAUAUCGUCACUUAAGAAAAUACUGGAUUUAAUGAAUUUGGUGAUUUUGAUUACUUUAUCAGGAAAAUAAUCAUCAUACAAUCUGAAAUCGGGCCUACAGAUGUAUAUUCAGUCUCAAAUAUAUAUGUAGAGUGGAACUGGACUUGGCUGAACGCUGGUGGUCUGCAGGUAGCUUAGGUGUCUGUCCCGAGGUCCCCGGUUCGAGUCCCGGUCUGGUUGUUGCAUUUUUCCUGUCCUGUUACUUUUGGCGCCCAACGAAAUAUCCACAGUUGUCUGGUGUCUUCAGGGUCGAAGAUUUUGUUGAAGGAGGGGGGAAUGUAGCGGAACUGGACUGGGCUGAACGCCAGUGGUCAUGUAGCUCAAAUGGCUAGAGCAUCCAUCUAGGGUUCCGAGGUUCAAGUUCCAGUUUGGUGUAUUUAUAUAGUUGACAGGAAAAACACUGAGUCUUUCGAUUGUUUUUAAUUUGUUAAGUUAUAUUCCUAUCAAAAAUAAUGUAAUAUUAUGUACCUGCUUCGUUUCACAAUUAGAAAUCCUUCAUUUUGUCCCUUCUUUUUAAGGUAAGACUAGGGUCUUUUUAGUAUGAUAUUUAUCUACUUGUAUUAGGUAAAAUACCUGGUAAUCUUGUGACAUUUUUUGUUCCCAACAAGGAACCUGGGUGGGACUAAAGUUUUGCAUUGUGUUUGUGUCCUUCUAUCCACUAUCUUGUCUAGGCUCCAUCUUUAAUACCAUACUUGUAACUUAGAUUUUCAUACUUGGGUUAUGGGUUCACGUAGGUGAGGAAUAUGUCAUGUAUCAAAACUAGGUCACUCUGACCUACAUUUUGACCUUUGACCUACAUCUAAGACAAAUUUUGCCUGGGCUCUAUCUGACCUAUGCUACUUGUCAAUGGAAUUUUGCACUUAGGUUAUGGGUUCACUUAAUGAAUUGUGAAUUUAGAAUGCCUGCAUUUUUGGCAUAUAAAUUCACAUCUGGUGGGGGGACUGUAAUUCACAGAUUGUCUCUUUAUAUCUUAAUGGUAUUUCAUUUGCACUGUUUUUGCCUUAUAUGAUGUGGGCCCAAAUACCAAUUAGUGCUCAUUUCAUUCAUAUAACUUUAACUGCAAUGAGAUUUUGUUUCCUGGUGAUUGUGACAUCAUUUACAUGCAUGAUAUUGAACUUUGUGUUAUUUAUUGAUUCUGCUAAGGGAUGCAUGGCCUUGAUGUAAACAGGGAGUGAAUUUUAAUCUUUAACUUCUGAAGUGUGGACAAUAUUAGGUGCCACAGUUACAUGCUUGCAUUGAUCAUUUUAUACUCAUAUAAGUGUUAUGACCUAGCUUGGAAAUGGCCCUAUCAUUCAUUAUGUUAAAGCUGUAACACUUGUCUAUAAAGGCCAUAAAAAUGAGUAGAGACUACUGUUUAUGUUUGCUUUUGUAGCGAUUUUUUUUUUUUUUUUUUUUUUUUUAAACUGAACCUUCAUUAAGAGACCAUCUGUGUUAAAAGGCCACUUAAUCAUAGUCUUUCCCAGAGAAGCCAAUUAGAAAUUUUAUUCUUGAAUCAAUAAUACAUGUACGAAUACUUAUACAUUUAUAUUUUCUUUUGCUGGUUUCUUACAGCUUUUUGUUAUUAUGAUAAUUAAAUAAUGUCUUUUUAUUAUUCUAUUAAUAGUUUCAUAAAUCUUUUUUCAACAUGAAUUCCCGAUUGUAUUCCAUCAGUAUUAUUCGAAUUCACACUCCAUUUGAGGUAUUUAUCAUGUCACGCCAUUUAUUACGCAAAAACGAAAUCCAAUAAGUAGUCCAUUGAUAUACCCAUGUAUUUCUUUAUUUUUAUAAAAUUUAUCAUUUGUCUGAUGUCAUUGUUUUGUUUAUAUAAUGGUUCUAUAUUUAGAUUUGGCCAUUUAAGGUUGAGUGGAACUUAAGUUAAUGAGUCGCUAUAGAAAGUUAUAUCAGCGGAUGAAAAAUAUGUAUCCAUUAAUUUUUCAUCCCAAGUGUUUUAUCCAAGGUAUAUUUUUAUAUUCACUGUACACGUUAAAGGUGUUUAUUGAUAAUAAACAGGAAUAAUUAA